AUGUCGAAUACCGAUCACGGUCUUAGCCUUCCUACUCCACCCACGACGUCCGUGGACAUCGGUACGUCCGUCAAUCUUCCCACGAGCGCAGUCUUAUCGGCACAGGCUGGCUCGAUACUCGCUCCACAGAGGCCUGUGAUGGUCGGAUUCUAUAACGGCGAACAAGAGAUCUCGUACUGGAAAAAUGCAGACGAAGACGAAGCCACUUCGAUCGCCUCCACCCAGAAUCCCCAGAUCUCCUUCGGUCAUGAACAGAAGCAUCAAGGUGUCCACGACAACCCACCAUCGUCUCUUUAUGGUGGUGUUGCUGCGAACAGCAUCAAUCAGCCCGUUGUCGAAUGGCCAGAAAUUGAAGUGUCUUUGGAGGAGCUUAACAAAUUAGAGGACACCAACGCCUCCACGCAGUUGCACUCGUCAUCAACGCAGUCAGCGACGCCAUCAAAAAAGCGUCAGAACACUUCUAAGGCGAAGCCCAAGCGUAAGUCAGCUGCAAAGCGCAAAAACACAGCACCAAUCCCAAAGUCUGAACCGUUCGAUCCCGAUAAGGCCACUCUCGAUGAGAUCCGGUCAUUCUGCAGGGAGCACGAUAUCGGCCUCAAGAGGGAUUGGCGAAGAGCGGAAUUCGUCGCCAUCGUCAAGUCCUACCUGGCUGGCAAGCCCGUUCCGCGCUUGCGGAAGCUUAAAAAGAGGUAG